GCAAGGGGAGCUACUUUGUGUAAAGUAAUAAAGAAAAUAUCUCGUUGUGGUUUAUCUAUUGAAAAUUUUACCACUCAUUAUUUUUGGUGAGAAUCCAACUAUUUUGCAAAUAAUAAUCCAGUGAAAACGAGUGUUGCAGACGUCGCCACGGAAGUUUGGAAGAUGGAAGGAAGUCAAAUUUGCGAAGCUUACACAACAAGCUCCAAAUUGAAAGCGUCUCUUACUCUUAGCUUCCUCUGCAAUCUUUCACCAUUCCAUUUUCUUCAAAUCCUCCACACCAGUGGUGCAAGAACAACCCUCAAAAUGCUCUGCAACAAAGCUCCCAAAAUCCUCCCAGGCUUCGCCGCGGAAUCGGUUAUCAGCGACCAAGAUCUCUUGCUCCUGAUUCUUCUUCGCUUGCCCAUCCGAUCGCUUCUCAAAUUCAAAUCCGUCUCCAAACGAUGGCUCUCCCUAAUCUCCAAUCCUCAUUUCUCGCAUCGCCGGAGCUCUUCUCAUCCGCCCGCUCCUUCAGGUAUCUUCUUGCCCCGUCCCUGCCCUAAUUUCUCCCCCGAAUACGACUUCCUCAGUCUCAGCACGAAUUCGCCUAGGGCUCCGUUCGAAUCGAUUGAUUUCACCGAGCGGAAACAAGGAACAGGAACCGUACAGAUCCUGCAAUCCUGUAAUGGCUUGAUUUUGUGCGGCAGUACCAAUCGCAACCACUCGAGGAGAGAUUAUUACGUUUGCAAUCCAACAACGAAGCAAUUCACCACGCUUCCCGAGCUUCGAACCGGAACAAUUUUCGGUCUGAAUCUAGCAUUUGAUCCUUCGCGAUCGUCAAAUUACAAAGUGGUUUGCGUUCGAGACUCCGAUUCCUUCGCAAACAACUACCAAAUCGAGAUUUACUCGUCUCGGACCGGCCCCUGGAGGCCCUGCCAGGGCGUAUUCGCGGCCCCAAUCAGCAUGAGAUUCCACGACGGAGUGUACUGGAACGGAGCUGUUCAUUGGAUCAGCACUUGGGAAAACUGCCUCUACUUCGAUCUGCGCGAAGAGAGACUCCACGAAUUGCCAAUGCCUCGAGUUCCUGAUGGCUGGGAAGAAAGAAGAACCGUGUAUGCCGGAAAUUGUGGAGGCCGUCUUCGCCUGAUUGAAGUUUACGAUCCUCGAGGUUUACAGUUCAACGUGUACGAGAUGGAAGAUGAUCGUUCCGGGUGGUUCGUGAAGUAUCGGAUCGAUCUUCACUGCGUUUCGGCUGCAUUUCCAGAAGUGAUUUGUUCCGAAGAGAACUUGGAAUUGGGUUUGUUCCCCAAGUUCUCGGUUCUCGCCAUUAUUGAUCGAAGUGAGGGAGAUGAAGAAUCGUAUCUUGUUGUGCAGAUUCUUGGAAAAGUUUUGAGAGUGAAUGUUGAGAGUGGAAGAUUUGAAAGGCUGGGACUGGGAGAACAAAACAAGGGCGGAGAAACCGGGGCCGUUUAUCCUAUUAUUGAGUUUGGACACAACGAUGCAUAUUUGUUCAUCGAGAGUCUUGCGUGUGUUUAGGAAUAAUUACGAACAAAUUCUGUAAAAGAAACGAAUUGAAUUUGGUUAAGCUAAAGAUCGGCCAACUUGUCAGGCUAAAUUACCAUAAAAACCCUUUAUAUCACACAUCGUGACAGUUAAUAUGAAAUGAAAAUGGAGGAAACGUGAAAUAAGCUAUCCA